AUGAAAUAUCUAUCACAGAUAUUUCAUCCAGUGCUCACUAUACCUAAGGAUGCUGUUAUUAAAAGUACUGAAAUAACUUGCAAAAGUCAAAAGCUUCUUCUAGAAUGUGGCCUGGUGCGUCCAACAGCUUCGGGGCUCUUCACGCUGCUUCCUUUCGCUCGUAAAGCGCUAGACAGGCUGGAGAAUCUCGUCCACCGCUGCAUGGAAGAGGCCGGUGCACAGAGGAUGUCCCUUCCAUCGCUGACUCACUCACGGCUAUGGGAGAAGACGGGGAGGAUGCAAGAUAUGGACGCAGAGCUGUUGAAAGUUGAAGACAGGCAUGGCAAAAAAUAUGUAUUAGGACCGACACAUGAAGAGGCUAUAUCGGAUUUGUUGGCAGAUGUGGGGCCACUUUCAUACAAGCAAUUACCUCUACUAUUGUAUCAAAUCGGCACCAAGUACCGCGACGAGCGUCGCCCCAAGCACGGCCUGCUGAGGUCCCGAGAGUUCUCGAUGAUGGACGCGUACGGGGCCCACGCCAGUGCCGAGUGCGCGGCCGCCACAUACAGAAGGGUGGGAGAGGCAUACGGGACCCUGUUCCGGACCCUGGGCUUACCGGUGCACAGGGUGGCGGCCCCCAGCGGCGCAAUGGGGGGCAGCUUGUCCCACGAGUGGCAGCUGCCCGCGGAGGUGGGGGAGGACGAGCUGGCGGUGUGCGGGGGGUGCGGCGCCGCGGCCAGGGCCGACCUGGCGCCGGAGGGUACUUGCCCGCAAUGCGGGAGCGGGACGGAGCGAGUGAGCAGCGUCGAGGUGGGCCACACUUUCGUCCUGGGCACCCGGUACAGCGAGCCCCUUCGCGCCAAUUUCACAGCGCCAGACGCCUCCUCCACACCCCUGGUGAUGUCCUGCUACGGCGUCGGCAUCACCAGGUUGCUAGCAGCCAGCGUGGAGGCUCUGGCGAACGACAAGGCGCUGAGGUGGCCCGAAGCCAUUGCACCCUAUCGAGUAUUGAUCAUAGGCCCUAAGGAGGGCUCGAAGGAGUGGGCCGCCCACGGCUGGGACGCGGUGGUGGGGCUGGGAGAGAGGCUGAGCGCAGCCGUGGGCCAGGAUUCGGUGCUUUUGGACGACAAGCACGCGCACUCCAUCGGACGGCGGCUGAAGGCGGCCGACAGGCUGGGAUUCCCCGCGGUGGUGGUCUGCGGGCGCUCCGCCUGCCAGCGGCCGCCGCUCUACGAGCUGCACCGCUGCCGGCGCAACGGCUUCCAAGCAGCUCGGCUGCUGACGAGCGACCAGCUCGUCGCCGCGCUGGCCCGCGCCGAGCCUGUCGCCCAAGUGGGGGGAGGGGGGGGGAACUAC